CCCGCCGCGGGCUGUUCCCCUCCCACGCCCCCUCCCCCCGCCGCAGAGCUCCGGACCCAAGAUGGCCGCCGUGUCAGUUUCGGGCUUCGCCGCCGUCCGGCCUUUGCCUCUCGGUUCCCGUCUCUCGCAGGCCUCGGCCUAAUGUUACCUUUCUUCUGGCUGUGAGCGUACAGAGCAGAAGCUGAGUGUGAAGACAAAUAAUGUUUGAGCAAGGAGGAGUAAUUCAGAACAGAAAACGUGUAUGCUAUGGUUAGCUGGUUCCCAUCAGUCGAGAAUCUGCUUUCUCAUCGUGUGAAGCUCGUUCAGCACCGGGAUAAGGGAUAACGACUCUAUGGAUAUACAGAGUUCUUCACCAUGGUAAAACUCGCCAACCCCCUGUACACAGAGUGGAUUUUGGAGGCAAUCAAAAAGGUCAAGAAGCAAAAACAGCGUCCUUCAGAGGAGAGGAUAUGCAAUGCGGUGUCAUCUUCACACGGCUUGGACCGCAAAACUGUUCUGGAACAGUUGGAGCUGAGUGUUAAAGAUGGAACUAUUUUAAAAGUCUCCAACAAGGGUCUCAACUCCUACAAGGAUCCUGAUAACCCUGGGAGAAUAGCACUUCCGAAGCCUCGGAACCAUGGCAAGUUGGAUGGUAAACCAAACGUGGACUGGAAUAAACUUAUCAAACGGGCGAUCGAGGGUUUGGCUGAGUCUAGUGGCUCAUCCUUGAAGAACAUUGAGCGCUUUCUGAAGGGUCAGAAAGAUGUCUCUGCGUUAUUUGGAGGGAGCAACGCCUCCAUUUUUCACCAGCAAUUGCGAUUAGCUGUCAAACGUGCUGUUGGCCAUGGCAGGCUUCUUAAAGAUGGACCUCUGUACCAACUCAACACUAAAGCAACCACUAACGCUGAUGGGAAGGAGAGUUUUGAGUCUCUUUCCUGUCUCCCUCCAGUGUGUCUCCUUCCCCAUGAAAAGGAUAAGCCGGUUGCUGAACCAAUCCCAAUCUGCAGUUUCUGCCUUGGUACAAAAGAGCAAAAUCGGGAGAAGAAACCUGAAGAGCUCAUCUCCUGUGCUGACUGUGGCAACAGUGGUCAUCCGUCCUGCUUGAAGUUCUCUCCAGAGUUGACAGUUCGAGUGAAGGCCUUGCGGUGGCAGUGCAUUGAGUGCAAAACGUGCAGCUCCUGUCGAGAUCAGGGCAAAAAUGCUGACAACAUGCUGUUCUGUGACUCGUGUGACCGUGGAUUCCACAUGGAGUGCUGCGACCCCCCUCUUACGCGGAUGCCAAAAGGUAUGUGGAUAUGUCAGAUAUGUCGGCCCCGGAAGAAAGGGAGAAAGCUGUUACAGAAGAAGGCAGCCCAGAUCAAGCGGCGCUACGCAAACCCCAUAGGACGGCCCAAAAACAGGUUAAAGAACCAAAACACAACAUCAAAAGGCCCUUUCAGCAAAGUUCGAACUGGCCCGGGUCGGGGUCGGAAGCGUAAGAUCACUCUGUCCAGCCAGUCGGCGUCGUCAGAAGGAGGAUACCUGGAGCAGACAGAUGGCUUGGACUUCUGCAGAGAUGGCAGUGCCACCUUGAAGUUUAACAAGAAAACCAAAGGGCUCAUAGAUGGCCUUACUAAAUUCUUCACCCCGUCCCCUGAUGGACGAAAAGCUCGAGGGGAAGUGGUAGACUAUUCUCAGCAGUAUAGGAUCAGGAAAAAGGGUACCAGGAAAUCUAGCACUUCAGAAUGGCCCACAGACAAUCAGGAUGGCUGGGAUGGAAAACAGGAAAAUGAGGAGCGUUUCUUUGGGAGCCAGGAUGUCUUAACUGAAAAAGACAUGGAGCUGUUCAGAGAUAUUCAGGAACAAGCACUGCAGAAAGUAGGAGUGACUGGGCCUCCUGAUCCACAAGUCCGCUGCCCUUCCGUCAUCGAAUUUGGCAAGUAUGAAAUCCAGACCUGGUACUCCUCCCCGUAUCCACAGGAAUACUCAAGGCUACCCAAGUUGUACCUUUGUGAAUUCUGUCUCAAGUAUAUGAAGAGCAGAACUAUUCUCCAACAGCAUAUGAAAAAAUGUGGCUGGUUUCAUCCUCCAGCCAAUGAAAUUUACAGGAAAAACAAUAUUUCAGUCUUUGAGGUUGAUGGCAAUGUGAGCACUAUCUACUGCCAGAAUCUGUGCUUGUUAGCCAAGCUCUUCCUGGACCAUAAGACUCUCUACUACGACGUGGAGCCGUUUCUCUUCUAUGUGCUGACACAGAACGAUGUCAAGGGCUGUCACCUUGUUGGCUACUUUUCCAAGGAAAAACACUGCCAGCAGAAGUACAAUGUCUCCUGUAUAAUGAUUCUUCCACAAUACCAGCGUAAGGGCUAUGGCAGGUUCCUAAUUGACUUCAGCUAUUUGCUCUCAAAGCGUGAGGGUCAGGCAGGGUCCCCAGAGAAGCCCCUGUCGGACCUGGGGCGCCUCUCGUACAUGGCCUACUGGAAAAGUGUCAUAUUGGAGUGCCUUUACCAUCAGCGUGACAAGCAGCUGAGCAUCAAGAAGCUGAGCAAGCUGACUGGAAUCUGCCCUCAAGACAUCACCUCCACUCUGCACCACCUACGGAUGCUCGACUUCCGCAGUGAUCAAUUUGUGAUCAUCCGCCGGGAGAAGCUGAUCCAGGAGCACAUGGCAAAGCUCCGAGCCAACGUCAGGCACAUAGACGUGGAUGCGGAGUGCCUGCGUUGGACACCUGUCAUAGUCUCCAACUCGGUGGUCUCUGAGGAUGAGGAAGAGGAAACAGAGGAUGGGGAAAAUGAAGAACAGCAGCAGCAAAAGGAAAAGGAUCCAGAGACCAGUGUGGUAAAAUCUGUCUCAUGGGAUAAGAAGGAGCAAGAGCCUUACUCACCCCCAGAGAGUGAAAAAAAGCCAGAGAUCGUUGCUCCAGCCAACUCUGCACGGCCCAACAAGCACACUUUCCCCCUGGACAGUCUUCCUGCAAACAGUCAGCCCUCACGGAGAGGUCGAUGGAACCGCAAAGGCAAAAAGCUCCGGGAAGCCUUCUGUGAGCAGGAGCAGCUCCUGCCCGAGGAGGACAAAGCUGCGGUGCCCAGCGGCCGCUGCAGCGAAUGCGAGGAGAAGUCGGCAGCCUCCCGAGGCCGCUGCAGCGACUGCGAGGAGAAGUCAGCAGCCUUGCAGGGAAGGUGUGGUGAGUGUGAGGAGAAGUCCCCAGCCUUGAGAAGCCGCUACGCCGAAGAUGAGGAACAACCUGCAGCCCCCCAGGGACAGUGCAGCAAAGGGGAAAACUCAGCGGUUCCCCGGCGGCGCUACAGCGAAGGCAUGGAGAGGUGGAGGGGACAGCUGAAGAAGGACACAGAGCCACUCAAGUGCAGGUUCCCAGAGGACUGUGACAGACUGCCCCGGCGCUACAGUGACAGUGACAGGGCCCUUCUGAGGUGUUUCAGUGAGAGCAGUGAGGAGGAGGAGGAUGAGCCUGUGAGUCCUCGGUCAAGCUCUCCACCUGUUCUCACCAAGCCAACGCUAAAACGGAAGAAGCCAAUUCUCCACCGCAAGAGGCGAGUGCGCAAGCGCAAGCACCACAACAGCAGCGUCGUCACCGAGACCAUCUCGGAGACCACGGAGGUGCUGGAUGAGCCCUUUGAGGACUCCGACUCUGAGCGACCGAUGCCCCGAUUAGAGCCCACCUUCGAGAUCGAGGAGGAGGAAGAGGAGGAGGAGGACGAAGAAGAGGAGAAUGAACUUUUGCCCAGUGGAUAUUUUCGGCACUUAGCCCCGGCAGACGCACUCAGGCACAGGCCCUCUUCUAAGAGGAAGUCCAAAGACGGGGAGGAGGAGUCUGAUGACACUAACGGUAACCCAACUCUCAAACCAUUAUCUAUGCUGAGGAAAGGUGAAGCAAAGGAUUCUUCACUCGAGCCAGAUACUUCUACACCCAUGAAAAAGAAGAAGGGAUGGCCAAAAGGGAAAAGCCGGAAGCCAGUCCACUGGAAGAAGAGACCUGGCCGGAAACCAGGCUUCAAACUGAACCGGGAGAAGGUGCCACCAGCAGCUGAGGAUGAGGAGGGAAUUGAGGCAGUGGUGGCCAGUUCAAAACUAGGUCGUAAGCCCAAACUUUCAGAUCAAGAAGAAAGUGUUGAGCAGAAGGAGGAGCUGCCUCUUCCUGAGGAAAGGAAAGAGGAAGAUGCAACUAUGGAAGCAGAAGAGGUAGGCGAGGGAGAAGAAGAAGAUACAGCCAGCAGCGAAGUAAGAGCAGUCUCCCCUGUGGACAGCAACAGCAGUCCAGUGCCAGAAGCAAAGGAGCCUGAGAUAGAAGAGGAGGUAGAGGAGAAGCCACGGGUUUUGGAGGAGCAGAGGCAGUCAGAAGAGGAGCAGCAAGAGCUGGAGGAGCCUGAGCACGAUCACGAGGAGGAAGAGGAGGUUGCAGUAGUGACAAAUCAAAACGAAGAUCAUGAUGCUGACGAUGAAGAUGACGGUCAUCUGGAGUCUGUGAAGAAGAAAGAACUGGAGGAACAGCCUGUCAGAGAAGGGGUGAAGGAGGAGCCUCAGGUGCAAGAGUGUUUUUUAGAAACAAGCAUACCAAGCAGCAGGGAAAAUGCAAAAGAGAAAGAUGAAGCUGAGGCGGACUCUGAGGAAGAGCAGGCUUCCAACGAGACAUCGGUGGGCUCAGACCACAUCCCUGGCUCUGAGGACGAUCAUGAAGAAGAGCAAAGUAAUAAAGAAGGGUUAAUUGAGUUAAAGGAAGAGGAGGAGAUUCCUCAUAGCGAACUAGAUCUGGAGACUGUUCAAGCAGUCCAGUCCUUGACGCAGGAGGAAAGCAACGAGCACGAUGUAGCUUACCAGGACUGUGAGGAGACUCUUGCAGCUUGUCACACGUUGCAGAGUUACACCCAGACCGAGGAGGAUCCUCAGAUCUCGAUGGUUGAAGAUUGCCAGGCCUCGGAACACAACAGCCCCAUCUCCUCUGUCCAGUCCCACCCCAGCCAGUCUGUACGGUCUGUCAGCAGCCCCAACGUGCCUGCUCUGGAGAGCAGCUACACCCAGAUCAGCCCUGAGCAGGGAUCCCUGUCCGCACCCUCUAUGCAGAACAUGGAGACCAGCCCCAUGAUGGAUGUGCCUUCAGUAUCGGACCACUCCCAGCAGGUGGUGGAUAGUGGCUUCAGUGACCUUGGCAGCAUUGAGAGCACUACAGAGAACUACGAGAACCCCAGCAGCUACGACUCCACCAUGGGAGGCAGCAUCUGUGGAAAUAACUCUUCCCAGAGCAGCUGUUCCUACGGAGGACUCUCCUCUUCCAGCAGCCUCACCCAGAACAGUUGUGUUGUCACUCAGCAAAUGGCAAACAUUGGCAGCAGUUGCAGCAUGAUGCAGCAGAACGCUGUCCAGCCUGCAGCAAACUGCAACAUCAAGUCCCCUCAGAGCUGCGUAGUGGAGAGGCCUCCAAGCAACCAGCAACCAACAACACAGCCACAACAGCAGCAGCCUCAGUCCCAGCAGCCACAGCCCCCACCCCCACCCCAGCAGCAGCCUCCUCUGUCGCAGUGUAGCAUGAACAACAGCUUCACCCCAGCCCCCAUGAUCAUGGAGAUCCCAGAGUCGGGCAGCACUGGCAACAUCAGCAUCUACGAGAGGAUCCCAGGGGAUUUUGGUGCCGGGAGCUACUCCCAGCCGUCAGCCACGUUCAGUUUAGCCAAGUUGCAGCAGCUCACCAACACCAUUAUGGACCCUCAUGCCAUGCCUUAUAGCCAUUCUCCUGCUGUGACCUCCUAUGCAACCAGCGUUUCCCUGUCCAACACGGGCCUGGCCCAGCUCGCUCCCUCGCACCCCCUGGCAGGCACACCACAAGCACAAGCCACCAUGACGCCUCCGCCCAACCUGGCCUCCACCACCAUGAACCUCACCUCCCCUCUGCUGCAGUGCAACAUGUCUGCCACCAACAUCGGCAUCCCGCACACGCAGCGGCUGCAGGGGCAGAUGCCAGUCAAGGGGCACAUCUCCAUCCGCUCCAAGUCGGCGCCGCUGCCCUCCGCCACCGCGCACCAGCAGCAGCUCUACGGCCGCAGCCCUCCCGCCGUGGCCAUGCAGGCCGGGCCCCGCACCCUGGCUGUCCAGAGGGGCAUGAACAUGGGGGUCAACCUCAUGCCCACCACCCCUUACAACGUCAACUCCAUGAAUAUGAACACCCUGAACGCCAUGAACAGCUACCGCAUGACGCAGCCCAUGAUGAACAGCAGUUACCACAGUAACCCUGCCUACAUGAACCAGACAGCACAGUAUCCUAUGCAGAUGCAGAUGGGAAUGAUGGGCAGCCAGGCCUACCCCCAGCAGCCUAUGCAGCCAAAUCCUCAUGGGAACAUGAUGUACACUGGCCCUUCCCAUCACAGCUACAUGAACGCUGCUGGGGUGCCCAAGCAGUCUCUCAAUGGACCAUACAUGAGAAGAUGAGCAAGAUAGGAAGCUUGCCUCUCAGAAACUGAAAUAUAUAUAAAUAAAGGAACCUUUUAUACUGACAAACCAGAGAAAAUGGACCUUUUUUCCAGCUAAAAUAUUGCUGUAGAUUUUAGAGGGAUUUUUCUUUGGUUUAUUUUAUUUUUUAGGAAGCCUGGUCUCUUUUUAUGUUCCAGAUUUUGUUUUGCUUUUGGUUUUGUUUUUGGUUUGUUUGGUCUUUGUUUUCUUCACAAUCCUGAAAACAUUUUAC